UGCUUCGGUUUAGCGCUUAAGUUUGUGCUGUGUUUGCUCCGAAUUGUUGUUGCAAACUGCGAUGUUUUUUCGCCGGCGGCGGCUGGGUUAUUCACUUAUUCGGGGGGAAUAUGCACGGCCUGCGAUGUUUAGCUGUCCCACCCGUCGAAUUUUGUUAGCUGGAGUGGAGGGUGGCUCGGUUGUUAGUUGGGACGAUUUGGGACGGCUCUGGAUGAGCGGUUGCGAGCGGCAAUUAAUAAUCCCGAGAGCGAUGGGCUUGUCUGUUGCGCGGAUCGAUUGCGUUGUACAGGUGCGGGAACAAGGCAGGCCAUAGACUAUACCUACUAGUGGACUCGACAGGGCUCGUCGCCUCGUCCCGUGCCACAGGAAGGAGUACGCAUGCUUUGAGCUGGGGGAGGGGAAGGGGGGAAAAAAACCUCACCCGUCUCUGCAGCCCUAAACGGCAAAGCCCCUCCCACCAUUCCCCUUUCCGUACCCUGGCCGCGUGGGGAGGCCGCCGGUCAGCGGACGGCGUGCACAACGCCUCCGGUUCCACCCGACGGCACCUCGCUGAUUUGACUUUGGAGUAUCAGUGAUGCAAAGGGACACCAGCUCUAGCGAUGUUUCUGCUUCUCACACAGGGCGUGUUAGACGUCGGAGACAACCAAGUGAGGCUACUGCAGAUGGGAAUAGAGCUAAUGGACAGCCGUUGCUCGUCAAUGAUCAGAACAAGUAUAGAUCAAUGCUUAUCCGUACAUAUUCAACAGUAUGGAUGAUUGGAGGCUUUGUCUUUAUUGUUUAUAUGGGUCAUCUAUAUAUUUGGGCCAUGGUGGUUGUGAUUCAAAUAUAUAUGGCUAGAGAGCUUUUCAACCUACUCAGAAAAUCCAGUGAAGAGAAACAACUGCCAGGGUUCCGACUACUGAAUUGGCACUUCUUUUUCACGGCGAUGCUGUACACUUAUGGGCGCUUUCUUAGUCGGCAGCUUGUGAAUACAGUAACUUCAGAUCACUUGCUGUAUAAGGUCGUCAGUGGCCUAAUAAAGUAUCAGAUGUUUAUUUGCUAUUUUCUUUAUAUUGCAGGGUUUGUAUGGUUUAUUUUGACUCUGAAGAAAAAGGCAUACAAGUAUCAAUUCAAACAGUAUGCCUGGACGCACAUGAUACUCUUAACAGUUUUUGCUCAGUCCUCUUUCACCGUGGCAAACAUAUUUGAAGGGAUUUUCUGGUUUCUUCUGCCUGCUUCACUCAUUGUGAUCAAUGAUAUCUUCGCUUAUUUAUUCGGGUUCUUUCUUGGGAGAACGCCAUUAAUUAAGUUGUCCCCAAAGAAAACUUGGGAAGGUUUUAUUGGUGCAUCAGUGACAACUAUCAUCUCUGCAUUUCUGUUAGCAAACGUAAUGGGCCGCUCCCAGUGGUUGACAUGUCCAAGAAAGGAUCUGUCGACUGGGUGGCUUUAUUGUGAUCCUGGUCCAAUGUUUAAGCCAGAGCAUUACUCGUUGGGAGAAUGGGUGCCACACUGGUUCCCAUGGAAAGAACUUGCCAUUAUGCCCGUGCAGUGGCAUGCUUUAGCCCUAGGUUUGUUUGCAUCAAUAAUAGCACCAUUUGGAGGGUUUUUUGCGAGUGGUUUCAAGAGGGCUUUUAAAAUAAAGGAUUUUGGUGACAGCAUACCUGGGCAUGGUGGAAUUACUGACAGAAUGGAUUGUCAAAUGGUUAUGGCAGUGUUUGCAUACAUAUACCACCAAUCAUUCAUUGCUCCCCAGAACUUCUCUGUCGAGAUAAUCUUGGAUCAGAUUAUAAGAAACCUAACCUAUGAGGAGCAAAAAUACUUGUACCAGCAGCUUGGGGAGAUCUUCCAUGAGAGGCAACUGAUGCAAAGUUGAGCGUUAAUGCGCUUACGAGAAGCAUGAUAUGUUGUGUAUUUAAGCCUUCAGCUCAUUCUGUAGCACUAGAUUCGUGUAUAGCAGCACUGCCCAAAUGCAUGGUGAUAUAGGGGAAUCCUUGUUCAAACCAUUGUACAGAAUGGUAGAAAGGAGAAUGAAUGGGUUUUAGGUGCUUUAUUCGCUCACCACUGACGCUGCCUUCUGCAGUUAUCCAUACACUUAGUGCUAAUUCUACCCCCAUAUCAUCGUUUCUGCACCUCUUAUAUUGUGAGAAGGGGACCUCGAAAAUUGUAUUCUUGCUUAUCACUUUGAGGUCCUUGCCUCGGAUCAAAUAUUGGAGGAUGCAUAGAAUAAGGGAGAGUAGGGCAAAUUCUUUUUUCCUCGCCUUCUCCGCCAUCAGGUUCUUCGUUGCAUGUUUAUUGUAAGUGUAGCAAACGAAAUGUUCUUGUUCCUCUUUUCAUAUGCAUCCGUGUGUUGCAUCAAUUGUACGUGUUGAUGUAUUAUGGUA